AUGAGACACAUAUCGUGUAUUUUAGCUCUCAUCUAUAGUAAUUUUUCAAAUAAAAUAGUGACACCUGCCUACUCUGACAGACCUACUCAUAUUUUGCCUCAGGCAAAAUUCAUUGUUGUGGGUAAGCCAGAGAAUACUUUGAGUCUACCUUGAACGUCCCCGUUACCUGGCAUGCCAGACGACGAGGGAAUGGAUCUGGAAGGGACGGCAGGGGAGGCUAACGGUGGGGGGAAAAAAUGCAUGCACAGGAACUGUCAGAAGAAACUCACACAAUUAGGCCAAGGUAACUACAAGUACUGCUCAAAACAGUGCAAAAACAUUUGCUCUCUUUUGCGAUCAAGGGACAGAUCAAACAGUAACAUCUCACAGAAGCGACAACGAACAGAAAGCGAAAAGGAUUUUAGCAAAAUGACUCCAGAAGACUUUAUUAGCAUCAUCCAAGAACUAGAAGCAGAAAAUGUUGAACUAUCGGAAAAGUACAACAAGCUACAAACUGAAAUGGACAAAAUCCACAUCCAAAUUGGCAAAGGUACUCUUGAUUGGAUUUUUAAGAAACACGAAACAGGGCAACAAGACAGCAUAACUCCGUUUGGGGCCUCGAAACCAACAUCCUUCGCUGGAGCUGCCAAAUCAGUAACGUUAAUAGCUAAGCUGGACCCAGAAUUAGAUACCACCAAUUUGGAUGGUAAGUCAAUGGAUCAGUUUUUUAAAAGCAACGAACAAUGGCCCACACUCCAACACUUCUCAAAGAGAAACAACGAAGCUCGCCUAGUUUUCAACAAUGCAGCAGAUGCCAAGAAGGCAGAACAGAUUAUAAAAGAAGAUCCUAAACUAACCGGGACGGUAAAAUCAAUCUCAGAACAGAAAUUAAAUUACCCGGUUGUUGCCUUUGCCACCGGAACAAAUGAUUUAGAGGAACUUCAAACUGAAAUCGAAUACCGGAACGAGCUGUUGCGAGGCAACAUAAGCAGCAUCAAAAUCCUGUCCAGAGAAAAGGGACAUGUAAAAAUUUAUGUGACAUCCAAGAAGGCGCAAGUAGCAAUCCUAAAAGCAGGUAUAAUCCACACGAAUAUCAAUGGUUUCAAGAAACACAACAUUAAAGAAAUGAAUCUCAACCGGGAAAUAAGAUCGUGUUUUAAGUGCCAUAAGCUAGACCACAUCUCUCCCAACUGCCCAUCAAAGACAGAAGUCUGUGGAAAGUGCGCAGAGAAGACACACAAAACAAAAGAAUGUGAGCAUCUGGACAGUAAGUUCAAGUGUGUUAAAUGUAAAAAUGGUAAGCAUAAAUCGGAUGACCCAAAAUGCCCGGAGCGGAUUAAGGCAGUAGAUAGGCUCAAAAAACUCUUAUCAUAA